CCCGGGCUCUGCGUGGCCAGCAGCUCACACCACACAGCUCGCCAGACACCCAGGUUUCUGAGCCCGGGCCGGGGUCGGGGGAGGCCCUGGCUGCUGGGGAGCACCCUGCCUGCCUGCAGGGACCAGUCUCCCUGGAGUGGUCAGUAAGGGACAAGGAAGAUACAGAGGGGAGAGGUCCAGAGCGCUGACAGACAGCCUCUUUUCACAUCUGUAGCGGCUUUUUCUCCCUGUGUGGGGGUCAGAGGAGGCCCCAGCAUGUCAUCCCAGGUGGCAGGGAACCAGACAGCCCCAGGGGCUGCUGAGGACUACGCCUAUGGCAGCUGGUACAUCGACGAGCCCCCAGGGAACGAGCAGCUCCAGCCGGAGGGGGUGGUGCCCUCCUGCCAACACAGUGUGCCACCUGGCUUGUUGCAUACCUGCCUGGCCUCGCUCUCGGCCCUCGUGCUGCUGCUGCUGGCCCUGCUGGCCCGACGCCGCUGGCUCUGGCCCAACUGUGGGCACGGCCGGCCUGCACUGCCCAGCCCCGUGGACUUCCUGGCUGGGGACAAGCCCCGCGCAGUGCCGGCUGCCAUCUUCGUGGUGCUCUUCAGCUCGAUGUGCCUGUUGCUCCCUGGCGAGGACCCGCUGCCCUUCCUCACUCUCUCCUCGCCUCCCAGUCCAGGUGGGGACACCAAGGCCCCGAGAGGGCCCUGGAAGAUGCUGGGCCUGCUCUAUUACCCUGCUGUCUACUACCCGCUGGCUGCCUGUGCCACAGCUGAACACGGAGCCGCGCUCCUGCUGGGCAGCGUCCUGUCUUGGGCCCACUUCGGGGUCCAGGUCUGGCAGUGGGCAGAGUGUCCUCAGGUGCCCAAGAUCUACGAGUACUAUUCCCUGCUGGCCUCCCUGCCUCUCCUCCUGGGCCUCGGCUUCCUGAGCCUUUGGUACCCAGUGCAGCUGGUGAGAAGCUUCAGCCACGGCACAGGAGCAGACUCCAAGGGGCUGCGGGGCAGCUACUCUGAGGAGUACCUGAGGAGCCUCCUCUGCAGGAAGAUGCCGGAGAGCAGCUCCCACAGCUGCAAACAUGGCUGCCUGUCCUGGGCUCGGUUCAGCUUCAGAUACUACGUGUACACUCCACAGCCAGGGUUCCGCUUCCCCUUGAAGCUGGUGCUUUCGGCCACCCUGACAGCCACGGCCACUUACCAGGUGGCCCUGCUGCUGCUGCUGGCCGUGGUCCCCACCAUCCGGAAAGUGAGGGCGGGGAUCACCAUCGAUGUCUCCUAUCUGCUGGCUGGCUUUGGCCUUGUGCUCUCGGACGACAGGCAGGAGGUGGUGGAGCUGGUGAAGCACCACCUGUGGGCUCUGGAAGUGUGCUAUAUCUCGGCCUUGGCCUUGUCCUGCUCGCUCACCAUCCUGGUCCUGACACGCUCGCUGGCCACGCACAGGGCCAACCUUCGAGCUCUGCACCGAGGGGCCGUCCCGGACCUGGGCCCCCCAGCCCGGCACCCCCACCCUUCCCGCCAAGCUAUCUUCUGUUGGAUGGGCUUCAGCGCCUAUCAGACGGCCUUCACCUGCCUUGGUGAGCCCGUGCCCACCGGCCUGCCCUGGCUGGGCCCGCCCCAGCCCUUCUGGCUGACGCUGGCCCUGGCGGUGACCCUGCAGAACGUGGCAGCUCACUGGGUCUUCCUGGAGACCGAGCAUGGACGCCCAGAGCUGACCAACCGGCGAGCCCUCUUCGCUGCCACCUUCCUCCGUUACCGCACAUACCGAAACUUCCUGAAGCUCGAGGUCAGCCAGUCGCAUCCAGCCGUGACGGCCUUCUGCAGCCUGCUCCUGCGAGCACAAGCACGCGGCCCCCAGCCCCGGCCUCCCACCGCCCCCCAAGGCAGCCUCAGGCUCGGGGAGGAAGAGGAAGGGAUGCAGCUGCUGCAGACGAAAGAUCCCAUGGCCAAGAGGACAAGGCCCCGAGUCAGCUGUGGUAGGGCCCGCUGGGGUCUGGCCUACACGCUGCUGCACAACCCCACCCUGCAGGCCUUCCGGAAGACAGCACUGACAGGCGUCCGGACCAACGGUGCCCAGCCCUGAGGCAGGAGGGCCCACACGCUUCUGCACUGAGGCACGUUCUUACUCACUGCCUGGCGCCCUCUGGCCAUCCCAGCAUUACCCCAGUCCUGGCCGCUCCUCCACAUCGCACCAACUCUCCUACAGGCUCAGGAUCAGACCUGGGAACCAGCUAGGUCAGCAGGAUCAGGUGGAGAUCUGUCUGCACUCAGAGCCGCAGGAGAGCUCGGGUCUGUCCCUGGGCCAGAGAGCGGCAGCCAUGGCUCCGGAGAGAAUGGGUAGGGCGGCCCUCGCUCAGCGCUGGUGGAGCCGGCCACACGCAGGCUGCUCGCUUCCCCAGAGCUGCCCCCAGGGUCCUGUCCUUCGCCCAGUGGCCGGAGGGCUCCUGGCUUCUUGGCCUGAGGCACCCCAGGAGGAAGCCAUGGGUUCCUCUGGGCAGCAAGUCACAAGUCAUACCAGGCUCCACAGCGAGCUGCCCGCCCUAGAGAGCUGGAGGUUUCUGUAGUUUUUAUACCUUUAACUAUUAUGAAAGGGGUUAGUGUGUUCCCUGUAAUAAACUUGUCCCUGAGAAA